UUCCGGUGACGUAUUUGUUUUGAAGACGAGUCAAAGGUAGGACCGUCAGGCGGAUCGGGGCGUCAAGUUUUCUGAUCAAAUCGAGAUAUAAUUAGCUUCGUCUUUUUAAGUAAGUAAAAAAAACUGUAUUAAACUGUUGAAAACUCGUGUUAAGUUGAAAUAAUACCUCGUGGAGGCGAUAUGGAGGCCGUUCCCAGGAUGCCGAUGAUUUGGCUGGAGUUGAAGGAAGCGGGGGACUUUCAGUUCACUUCCCCUGUCAGACAGUACAUUCAAAUAAACUAUGGUGAGAACCCCGAGAACUACAAUGAGUCACUGAAGAGGCUGGAGCAACUUAGACAGACUGUGGUAAACAUCCCAAGGGAUUUUGAAGGCUGCAGCACUCUUCGAAAGUACUGUGGUCAGCUGCACUUUCUGCAGAGUCGUGUUCCUAUGGCAUCUGGUCAGGAGGCUGCAGUGCCUGUGACUUGGAUUGACAUGUUCUCAGGGAGGAAUAUCACACAUGAUGAUAUUAACUAUGAGCAGGCUUGUGUCUUGUAUAACCUGGGUGCAUUGCACUCGCUGCUGGGAGCUGUGGAUAACCGCCUGUCUGAAGAGGGGAUGAAAGUGUCCUGUACCCAUUUCCAGUGUUCUGCCGGGGCUUUUGCUUACCUCAGAGACCACUACAAUCACAGCUACAGCUCUGACAUGAGUGGCCAGGCACUGUCAGUCAACAUCAGCCUCAUGCUGGCACAGGCUCAAGAGUGUCUCUUGGAGAAAACUCUACUAGACAACAGAAAGAGUCAUUUAAUAGCAAAGAUUUGUGCCCAGGUGUGUGACUAUUAUAAGGAUUGUCUGAGGGUGUUGGAUAAUUCUGAAUGUGUGCCAGGAAGGAUUCAGAAAGAGUGGAGGAAACUCGUCAGCAUGAAAAUCAGCUACUUCAGGGCCAUCACACAUUUACACAUGGGAAAGCAGUCAGAGGAACAGCAGAAACAUGGAGAAGCAGUUGCAUACUUUCAGUUCUCCCUCGACAAACUUAAUGAGGCAAUUAAGCAGAGCAAGGGUCAACCAGAACAUGUACAGGAAGCUUUGAAAUUCACGAUGGAUGUGAUUGGUGGAAAAUAUAACUCGGCUAAGAAAGACAAUGACUUCAUUUACCAUGAGUCUGUGCCCGGUCUGGACACAUUGGUGGCAGUAAAAGGUGCAUCUUUGGUGAAACCCCUACCUGUGAACCUAACUGAUCAAAGUGUCACUGGUCCUGACCUCUUUUCAAAACUUGUUCCCAUGGCAACUCAUGAGGCCUCAUCCCUUUACAGUGAGGAGAAGGCAAAGUUACUUAGGGACAUAGUGGCUAAAAUAGAGGACAAAAACCAAAUCCUUGAAAAAUUUAUGGAGUCUCUAAGCAGUGACUCGGUGUAUAAAAUUGACAUGUUUAAGUCUCUGCCUGACGCUCUAUUGGAAAAAUGUGCAUUUCUCAGUGUACGACCAGACACUGUCAAGAACCUCGUCCAGGCCAUGCAAGCACUAUCUAAUGUUUACACUGAUGUGGGUUCAUCUCUGGACGAGAUCCGUAGUGCCCUUGAGGAAGAUGAGGCUGGAGAGAAGAGUUUAAUGGAGGUUGUGGGGCAGAAGGGAUUGUUGGCCAGAUCUGCAGUCUUGCAGGAGAUUCAGAAAGAGUUGAAGAAAUAUGAAGCUGCUCAUCAGGCAGCUAGCAACACCAACACUGAGCUCCACAGAGCCAUGAACCAGCACAUACCAAACCUACGCCUAUUACAGGGAUCUGUUGAGGAACUCAGAAAGAGCCUGCCUCAGCCACAACUCAAUCAAGAUGAAACAUCAUCCUUGCAAAAAAUAAAGACUAUUCUUGGCAAAGUUGAUGAAAUGCGAAAGCAGAGGAUCUCAUUGGAGAGUCAGCUCCGUGACCUUAUUCAUAAAGAUGACAUCACUGGAGUCCUGGUAACCACAGAUCGUGCUGAGAUCAAGACAUUGUUUGCAGAGCAGUUGAAGAAAUAUGAUCAGCUGAAGGGAUAUAUAGAACAGAACUUGGCUGCUCAGGAUAACAUCCUGAAAGCCCUGACAGAAGCGAAUGUGCAGUAUGCCCCUGUUCGCAAGACACUCAUGCUCACAGAGCAACAAUGGAACGAGACUGUGCAAUCCCUGAUUGCCUCAUUUGAGGCAUAUGAGGACUUAAUCAAGAAGGCUGAGGAAGGCAGAGACUUCUAUCAGGAUCUGGACAAGAAGACCACUGGCCUGUUGGACAAAACAAAGUCCUGUUGCCAAACCAGAGAGGAGGAACGAGUUGCCUUGCUGGAAAAGGAGAUUGGAAAAGGGCCACCUCCUAGACCUGCUGCCCGAAAGCCUGUGGUCGGCCAGAAAGUUGUUGGUUCUAGAACCGGCCCCUCCAGUCUUGAAUCUGUAGGUCCUUCUGUUGCCUCUUUUGAAGAUCUCCCACAAGAACUACGAAGCCUUCCUCCAAAUCUGAAUUUGCCCCGAGGUCCAGUACUUCCCAAUACUGUUCCCCAUGGUGGAAGCCCAUUUCCCCCAGCUCGGUUUCCAAACCCCCAAUUUCCAACUACAGAUCCAAAGCAACAGCUGUCUCACAAUCUCCCACAAAAUCAGGCCCCUUAUGGCCAGCCCUUUGCACCCAUGCAAAUCCCUGGGAUGUCACCACAGCAGUUCCAGGUAAGAUCAUCCGGAGGCAUCACACAUGUCCAUCCUCAGGUUAAUCAAUCGAACACCCCACAGGUGCCUUCUCAGGGGUACAAUCCAGCUCUCUGGCAGCAAGCUCACAGUGGGCCCAUUGCUGUUACAGGGGGUUAUUCUGUGCCUCCACAAAUGGGACAGAUUCCCCAAAAUUCCAUUAGGCCUGGUUUACCCGGACAACCACAAGUAUCCUUGCCAAACUCUCUUGGGCAGCAGAUGCCAACUGGCAUGACUCAGUCUUCCUCUGUCCAACAGAUCAUACAGGGAACACAGAGCCAAAGCUUUACCACCCAACCUAGACAAAGCAUCCCCUCAACCACACCAAGAAGUGCAUUUCCUGGGCAAAUCCUUCCCCCUUUCCCACCUGGACAGGUCCAAGCUCCUAUGCAAGGCCAAACACAGCAACAGCCUGGCCUCCCCUCAGGUUACCGACCCACAUUAGGUCCUCAAAUCCAACCCCAGCAUGGUCUACCUAGCCAACUGUCCCAUCCUCAACAGUUCCAUCCUGGACAACUUCCACAAAACAGGCCUCAACCUUAUAUGGGGUAUACAUCUUUUUCAUCUUUGCAACCUCAGCAAAUCCCUGCACCCCAGCAAGUACAUCCAGGAUCUCAAAUCUUUCCACAGGCACCCUUGAGCCAAAACUCCCAAAUUCCUUUUGGUGCUCAUCCACACAGUCAGCCCCAAAUGCCAACAGGAGCUGUACCACCACAAAGUAAUAUGUACUCAUUUGCACCAACACACAUGGGCCAACAACCUAUGGGUCAACAGACCAUUCCACCCCAAUUCAACACAAUGUUUAAUGGCCCAGGGGGGCAACCCAUGUACACUCCUGGUCAAAGCCAAAUACUUGGCCCUCAAAAUGUGUCUCACCAGUCAUCAGGACAAGCAGCUGCCGCAGUGAUGGACAAUCCAGUUCCACCAUCCCUUGCCAGCACCCUCAUUCCUACACCAUCACCAGUUCAGGUUUCAUCCCAGAACCAGAUCUCCACUCCAGGACUAGGUGUACCAUCCUCUUCCACAUCAAGUGCUGCUCCAACUGAUGAGAUGAGGUCCAACUCCUCUACGGUUCUGGAUUUUCUUCAGAACAAGGUGGAUAAUAUCAGCAUUAAGUCCUAAACUGAUUGCAAGUAGAUAAAAGCCUAACUCAACUAUCACAGUAGUCUCUUGCUGUGUCCCGCACCAACAACUGUGCAAAAGCUGUCAGUGGUAGUUGGGAUACCACACAGGGCAAUAUCAAAAAUGAUGGGGUGUCAACAGGGGGUGCAGAAAAAAAUAUAUUUUUGAUGAUUUGGAUUCUUUGUAGUCACAACACAAGAUCUAAUGUCUGAACACACACUAACACUUGCCUUUUCUACAUGUACAGUACUAACACUACCAGAAUUGCACUGUACUCUCUGAAUCAGUAAUUACAAACUAUAACUUACCAAUUGUACUACAAGCAAAUAGAAAACUGCUGGCAUUGUAAUUCUAUGCAAUUCUCUAAUAUUAUGUGUCAAGUAUCACUCUUUUUACUUCUAUUCCUAAAAAGCACUUUAGUCUGCACUAUCAUUUAGAAUGAUGACAACGAUGAUGAGGGAGAGGUGAUUGUGGGUGUUUCUAUUUGUUUCAAUGUGUCUUCCAUAGAUUCAGAAACAUUUUAAUACCAAAACUCUUCUAGUUCUUACAUAUAAUUUUGUGAAAAAUUGUAAACACUGCUUUCUUUUUGCUCUGUAUUAGACCAUAACAAAAUUGUAAUUUUAUUAAAAAAAAAGGGAAAUGCUUUUUGACUGACUUAUACCACUGGUUUAUGUGGAGAUGAUGCUUCUGUUUGAAAUUCAAUAUUAAACUAGCUUACUUAA